GCCUCGAUUGAGUCAUAGAUAGACUCUAUCUGGUUUAUUAGUUCUGUAUUAGAUACUAACUAAGGUACUAACUUAGUAGUUACUAGGCCAUCUUAUGGCCUCUCGCUAUACAUAAAAUGCAACCAACCCGCCCAGUAUUCUCCCGUUGACAACAUUAACCCUAACAACAACAACAACAACAACCACUGUCCAACCUCACCUCCCACCACAAUUAUGCCUACCAUUCGCAAAGUCACCAUCUUCGGAGCAUCCGGCAACUUUGGCGCCCCAAUCACAGCAGCCUUACAACGCACCGAAACCUUCGCCAUCACCAUCAUCACCCGCCCCGAGUCCACCUCUACAUUUCCCCCGGGUCUCCCCAUCAUCCGGACCCCUUACACCCUCGCCGACCUGACCACCGCUCUGACCGGCCAAGACGCCGCCAUCUGCGUCGUCGGGCCCGGGGGCAUCCCCGCGCAAGCCACCAUGGUCGAAGCUGCAGCAGCGGCGGGGGUGCAACGGUUCAUCAUCGACGAUUUCGGCUGGGGCCACAAUCCGCACAGCCUGCCGGAGUUCAGCGCCAUCCACGCGCAGCGCCGCGUGGGGUGGGAUCUUGCGCAACAAAAGGCACGGGAGAACCCCGGGUUCACGUUUACGGGGAUCACGACGGGGAAUCCGAUUGAUUGGGCUAUGAAAAAAUUCCCUAUGAUGGGCUUCGACAUCGCCCGCGCGGCGGCUAUCAUCUACGACUCGGGCACGGAGAGGUUCUCCGGCACCACUCUGGCGGGGAUCGGGCAGGCGGUGGUUGGGGUGCUCCUGCACCCGGAGGAGACGGCGAAUCGCUUCGUCAAGGUUCUCUCGAUUGUCACGAAUCAGAAUGAGCUGCUGGAGGCCUUUCAGCGCGCUAGUACGGGUCGGCAGUGGAGGGUGCAGCGCGACUCAGCGCAGCGGUUGAUGGAGAGUGGGCACCGGAAAUUUCAGGAGGGAAAUGGUAUGUGGAGGCUGGAGUUGGUGGUCGCGCAGAUGUUCGACGAAGGGCAGGCCCGGUGUGUUGUGGCGCCUUCGUGGUCGGAAUCGGACUCGCCCUUGUUGGGGGUGGUAGAAGAGAGUGCAGAUGAGGUGGUGGCUAAGGUGCUGCAGGGGUAGAUUUGAAUGAAUGAAAGAACAGGAUGCUUUAUGGGUCUGCAUUUUUAAAUGCUACGUAGUUUACUCCGUGCCUUGACCCAUAUGGUGCCUUGUCAUCCCCCACCGUAAC